AUGGAAGGCUACCCAGGUCCAAUGCACAAAAUGGCAAGGCCACCGUACAACGACAGUAUCCUCACCAUCACAAACAGCAGCUGUGCUGACCCAUACGUACUUUGGGAGAAGGGCACAUACUACAUGACAUUCACCUGCGGUGGUCACAUUGAAAUCUGGUCAGCCGAUAGCCUCUUCGAGUUUGAAAAUAAGUGCAAGAAAGAAGUUAUUUGGCGCCCACCGCCCGAAAAGCCAUACUCCGCCGAUCUCUGGGCGCCCGAACUUCACAGCUUAAACGGGAAGUGGUAUGUCUACUUCGCGGCCGCAGAUCCAGCGCACGGCAACAAGAGCCACCGAAUGUACGUGCUCGAGGGACCAGAUGCCGACUCCUCGCCGCUGGAAAAGGACAAGUGGAGUUUCCACGGCCGCUUGGACGGUAUGCCACCCGAUCAAUGGGCCAUCGACGGCACCGUCAUCACGCUCCACGGCUCGAUGUUAUUCGUCUACUCCGGCUGGCCCCUAGGCACGACCGCCAACGAAUCCCGCCAGGAGCUCUUCAUCCUCGAAAUGACAUCACCCACAUCCGUCACAGGCCAUCCCAUCCGCAUCAGCACGCCCGACCUGCAAUUCGAAUACAGCGGCACCAGCGGCAUCAACGAGGGCCCGCAGUUCCUGUGCAGCCCCGAUGGCAGGUGGCAAGGGCUGGUGUACUCGUGCGCCGGCAGCUGGACGAGCGAGUAUAAAAUGAACGUCCUGUAUUAUACGAAUGGACACCCGCUGGAUCCAAUGAGUUGGUGCAAGUCGAAUACACCGCUGCUCACGGCAAGUCGCGAUUCUACGCCGCCUUAUGGGCCGGGACACGGUAACUUUGUCCUUGUUGACGGCCCUGGCGGCCCGGAGGUUUGGGGGGUAUUUCAUGCUACGGAUGCGAGGACGGGCUGGGAGGGCAGGAAGGCCAGAUUAAUGCGUGUGGGGUGGAAUCAGGGAGGUCCGUUCAUGGGAUCGGGGGAGUGUGGGAGAUGUUGUAGCGACGUUCAGCAUUUUAUUCAGGGUUGUCCUGGGGGCGAGUGUGGAGGCACGGGACAUUGUGGCGGGUAUGGAGGUGCGGGAGGGAAGAUGUUGGAAGCGAGUGAGGACGGGAAACACGGUGGUUUCAGCGGAGGUGGAAACAGGACGAAAGUGCUGAAGGGGCUGGAGAAGGGCGGCAAGGUUAUUAGAUUCACCCGCGGCUCAUCCGCAUGCACAUCCAGCCCGGCGGCCGAAACCGUCCCAUCAUCCAACGCCUUGAUCAACGCCUGUUCAUCCACCAACUUCCCCCGUGCAAUAUUCACCAACCUCGCACCCUUUUUAAACCACGAGAAUUCCCUGGGCGUAAGCAACGUCGCGCCCGCAAACGGCGUAGCAAGCACCACACAAUCCGCGACGCCCAGCAAUUCUUCCAGCGAGGAGCAAUACCUUGCCCCGACCUCCUCCUCCCUCUCCCUCAGCCUCACAACAUCAAAAUACACAACCCGCAUCUCACACGCCGCCCUCAUCUUCUGCGCAAUCCUCACGCCUAUCCGCCCCAGCCCCACGAUGCCCAACACCCCGCCGUUGGGAUUGUGCGUCACCGCCGCAAUGUUCUGGUUCGCGUCCUUGAACGCGUCCGCGUCGCAGGACCGCGCUGCGAGAAAGGACCACGGGAUCGCGCGGUAG